AUGAAGAACCUAGCUUGUACUUCUGGCAUCUAUGUGCGUGAACAAAGCCCCAGUAACCAGACAUCAAUAGCAAUGAUGCAAGAGCCUCAGGAAAUGGUGGAAGAGACAGUUACUGUGGAGGAAGACCCAGGCACUCCCACCUCCCAUGUAUCUAUUGUCACCUCCGAAGAUGGAACCACAAGGAGAACUGAAACCAAGGUUACCAAAAUGGUCAAAACUGUCACCACCAGAACAGUGCGUCAGGUGCCACUUGGGCCCGAUGGCCUGCCAGCAAUGGAUGGCUCGUCUCCCAUGGGCAGCUACACGGAUUCCAUAGACAGAAGGUACAUGAAGAAUGGGGAGCGAUACAUCACACCACAAGCAUCAUCCACGUUAACUAGAUCUUACAACAGCUACAACGAUUCUUACACCGAAAGCCACGAAGGCCAGUAUCGCCCUUAUAUCAGCCACGAUGGUUAUGGAGAUCUGUCGGAUAACUACGGCAGCUUGUCUCGGGGUGUCAACUACCGUCCUCGCUAUGCCUAUGUGCCAGGAAACAGCUACAGGCCAGAUGAUGGUAGCUUCACUUUGCCAAGCAGAAGGGAUAACUACGGUCCCGUUGCCCAGCCUCAGGUGCCAGUGGGUAGCAACGUUGACUUGGACUGGAGCCGCCCCCAGCCAGAACGCUUCCAGCCAGAGCCUUAUGGACUGGAAGAUGAUAACCGCAGCCUUGGAGUAGAUGAUGAAGGAUAUGAACUAGAUCCUGAUUACUCCACUGUGAACCGGAGGACAUCUGCAGGUGUGCCAGAGAGAGGAAGACCUCACAAAGGAAGGGGCUACGAUGACCCCAUUGAGACAGAGGUGGUUGAAGAGAGGAUCCCUUACCUUCAUGGUGGCUACGCAGCACCGCUGGCACAGCCAGAGAGAGGAAGCAUGGCUAGUAUUGACCGUCUGGGGAAGCGCUCCCCCUCUAUUGACAGCAUUCGUAAAGACCCCAGGUGGAGGGACCCUGACCUCCCGGAAGUAAUUGCCAUGCUCAGCCACCCUAUUGAUCCAGUCAAGUCUAACGCCGCGGCCUACUUGCAGCACUUGUGCUACGAGAAUGAUAAAAUCAAAAAGGACGUCAGGCACCUUAAAGGGAUACCUAUCUUGGUGGGCCUGCUUGAUCAUCCAAAGCCGGAGGUCCAUCGUAAAGCCUGUGGGGCUCUCAGGAACAUCUCCUAUGGGAAGGACAAUGAAAACAAGGUGGCCAUAAAGAACUGUGAUGGGAUCCCUGCUUUGAUCAGACUAUUACGAAAAACAAAUGACAUGGAAGUCAGAGAGCUAAUUACAGGCACCCUGUGGAACUUAUCCUCCUAUGAGCCCCUGAAGAUGGUCAUUAUCAACCAUGGUCUGCAGACGCUCACCAACGAGGUGAUUAUACCCCAUUCAGGUUGGGAGAGUGAGCCGAAUGAGGACUCUAAGCCUCGUGAUGCUGAGUGGACAACUGUCUUCAAGAACACCUCUGGUUGCUUACGGAAUGUAAGUUCAGAUGGAGCAGAAGCUCGCAGAAGACUAAGAGAGUGCGAUGGCUUGGUGGAUGCCCUCCUUCAUGCUCUCCAGUCUGCAGUUGGCAAGAAGGAUACAGACAAUAAGUCUGUAGAGAACUGCGUGUGCAUCAUGCGGAACCUUUCUUAUCACGUCCACAAAGAGGUGCCUGGAGCUGAUAAGUACCAGGAACUAGAUGCCGGUCAGACUGCAGGUACAGGAGGCUCUCAGAAGAAGAAGAAAGAUGAUGCUGGUUGUUUUGGUGGAAAAAAAGCCAAAGAGGAGUGGUUCAAUCAAGGAAAGAAGAACGGAGAUUUGGACAGGAAUUUUGAUACACUUGAUUUGCCAAAGCGGUCUGAAGCAGCAAAAGGUAACGCUAAUGUUUGUGCUUUUGGAAAUAACAAUGGUCUGAAUACCCGCAUCUACGUGAGUAUACCUCAGAAGGAGAAUCUCACUCUCCCUGCAUCACUUGUACAGUUUCAGAGAAUACAAAGAGACAGUGUGACUCAGUGGAGAGAUCUUGGACCUAAGAUACCUGAAUUAUGCUACUUGAGUGACCUUGAUGGAAUCACCUAA